AAUAUAAGCUGGCGAUGUUUGCUGCGGUGCGCAUUUCAGUAGUGGGCUUCCACAAUAAAGUACGUCUCUUGGCCGAUCAAAUUGGAACUAUAUCAAGAGCGUCAGCGAUAAACACAUCCUCGCAGACACGUUCAAUGGGAUCCGAAAUAUCUCAGAACAAUGCUUCUGAGAAGUUGCAAAAGAAGACGAUUGAGGAUAAUUUCCAUGGCCUUCACACCGAUCGUGAGCCUGUUAGUUACCAAGUGAAUGACUUCAAACAAUUAAUCCGAAACAAAAAUGAUGCAAAACGGAUACAUCUUAUACUUCUUGAAUGUCAAGCAUUGUUUGAAACGACAAGUCGAAUACCUCCUGUUAUUGAAGAAAAACAUAUGAUUGAACUGAUGCAAUUACAUUGUCAGGUUCAGAGAUCACACUACUUUAAAUAUAUGUUUAUAACACAAAUGAGACGAAAGAAUAAACAAAUCGACAAGAAAAUGCAUCGCUUAGAGUCGGAGCUAAAGCUAAAGCCGCCUUUGCAAGGCAGCAUUUUAUAUCAUUGUAAUGAUCCUCUACAGCAUGUUUUCUACAAUUGGCGAUUGGCUAGCGCUGCCUCAUUGGGACAAAAACUUGUGCUCGAUUGUUCAUUUGAGCAUGAAAUGACUCCAAGGCAGUUUAGCAGUUUCAGGACACAGUUGCGGUUUACAUAUAAUUACAACAAGAUUUCUCGCGAUCCUUUCGAUUUAAUCUUAUCGGAUAUCCCGAAAGGCGGGUUAUUGGAUAAUGAGAUAGGCAAAAUAUUUCCUCAUAUUAACAAAAGCAAUUGCCUCAUCACGAAAAGCUACGAAAACUUUCUCAGGAUAUGCCCGAAUAAACGCAUUAUCUACUUAUCGCCGAACUCGGAAAAGGUCAUUACAAAAUGGGAUGCUGACGCAGUGUUUGUGAUAGGCGGAAUUGUCGACACGUCACGAUCGAAGAGACUGUCAAUUACCAAGGCCAAACAGAUGCAGGUUGAGCAUUUCAAACUGCCAAUCGGCCACUAUAUAUCGCAGUUUUCAUUAAAUUCAUCUCAGACAUUAGCCAUUCAUGUUGUUGCCGACAUUUUAUUGACGAUCAAGGAGACCAACGACUGGAAAAAAGCCUUUUCCAAGGUGCCGACACGUUUCAAAAACAACAUUGAGAAGAUAAGAGCUCUUCAUGAGGUUAAAAAUAAAACCCACCUUAAGCCGAAAUUCCGUGAAUGGUAAUUAUGAGAAAAUAAACAAGAUAUUGAAUGCUUUCACAGUGUAUACAAAAUAUGGAAGAGAGAGAGAGAGAGAGAGAGUUAAAUAAUAGUUGAAAGUUACUGUGAACUCGUAUUGAAUAAAUUAGCGAAAAGAUGGCAGCCAAAUAUGUGGUCAAAUAUAGGUCAAAACAUAAGCUGCUAUAUGCCGUAUGCAAGGUGAUAAAUGAAUGCGAAUAUAAAGCAGGUAUUAUGGAAGAGGUAGAUCGUCUAUACUUAAGAUUACACUUCGCGGACUAUAAAUGAUAUGUCUAAUUAACAUCAAACUAACAAUUUGAUGUUUUGUGCUUUGACCUAAAAGAUCAUUUGUAGUUUAGCGCACAUUUUAUCGUGAAAUCACCAUACUGUCAACAGUAGCCAAGCUUGUUUAUAUUUGUUCCUUUUGAUGAGAGAGAUUCGCAGCUAGAGCUGAACGGUACCUUAUAUAAACGUACCUAGUCGACCCUCGAUCCAGGUCAGUUAGAUCAAAAGGGAGAACGGACGUCAUUGUCGGAUAAACAUAAACUACAAUAUAUACAGAGUGAUAAUUUUA